AUGGUGCCCGCACCGCCGCCGCUGCCCACGCAGUUUCCCUGCUGGUGCCGCGCAGUCUACUCCUGGGGAGGCGAGUCGAAACGCGACCUUGGCUUCAUCGAAGGCGAUUUGAUCGAAUGCCUCAACGCCGGAGACGGCUCUUGGUGGACGGGCAAGCUAUGGCGCGACAGGAGGACCGUAGGCGUCUUCCCCUCCAACUUUGUCGAACUACUACCGCCCAACUUCCGCCCGACGACGAGAUCCGUCAGCCCGUUGCCCGACAACACGCCCAGUCCCAAGCCUGUGCCCCAGAAAUCCAAGACGUUCCGCAAGCCCUUCGAGGCAUACGCCAAAGCGCCUCACUACACGACGGCGAAGCAGCCAGAGGUCGUCCGAGAGAGCCCGCACGCGCGCGCCCGUGACAACUCGGCCAGCUCGUACCAGCCUCCCGCCCACCUUGGCCGAUCCCCAUCGCCAGCGCCGCCGCUGCAGCAUCACAGCAGCUACGACGCCAGAGCGCCGUCGCCUGCCCCUCAUCAGCAGUACGGCAGCUACAAUUCACGCGCGCCUUCACCAGCGCCACCGCCCCAACAGCAGCAUCGCUACGACUACAGAGCUGCCUCACCCGCACCUCCCCAGCAGAGGAGCUAUGACUUCAGAGCCGCCUCGCCGGCACCCCCUCAACCGAGGAGCUACGACUUCCGCGCUGCUUCACCAGCGCCACCUCCCCAGAGGAAUCAUGACUUCCGAGCUGCUUCCCCCGCUCCUCCUCAACAACAACAUCAUAGGAACGACUUCCGGGCAGCAUCACCAGCCCCACCGCAUCACGUUGGCUACGGAUCGCGAGCGCCCUCGCCUGCCCCGCCGCAAGCUUAUCAGCAGCACCCAAGAGCCCUCUCGCCAGCACCUCCGCCACAGGACUAUCACAGGGCUGCAUCUCCUGCACCACCGCCUCCGUCACACCAUCACCACGGCAGCUAUGGAUCUCGCGCGCCAUCUCCUGCGCCUUCGUUCGGAUACAACCACCACUCGCGAGCUCCGUCCCCGGCCCCGCCUCUGGCACGCAGUGUGUCACCGGUUCCUUCUUUCAUCGACACGUAUCACAAGGAGACGUAUGAUGAGCCAGCACGCCAAGAUUCACCGCCGCCGCCGCCUCCACCGCCCCAUCGUCACGUCAAUGCCUCCCGCAACAGCUUUCACCCCAGCCAAGAACCACGGUACGCCGGCGGUGGGAGGCAAGGCUCGAACCUCUCCUAUGAGCACCGCCAAGACGGGCUCCAGACCCCUCGAAUGCCUUCACCCUGCCCUCCGUCACCUGGUGGCAGCCACAUGACGCCGUCCCCUCUCCGGGAAGCCAUGGAUGGUGUCAUUGAGCAGCUUGAUGCCUUGGGUAUGCCCAGGGACACAAGGACCCCCGAACCCGCACCGCUUGAUCCCUGGUCUCCGGAGUGCUUUGACAUGGUCAGCCACCGUGCAAGAAACAAGGCGGCUCAGCGGCCCCAGACGUCCAUGGGACUGGGUCAUCAAGAUGAGGGCUACGAGACCUGGAGCGGAGGAUCCUCGCAGGAGGCAUCUUACCAGAACGGCCAGCGAGAGGAUGCACACGACGCGGCCCAGCUCAGCAACUAUGUCGAACGUAUGGAAACUCGACUCCAAGGCUUGCAGCACAGCAACAGCACAACCAGUCACGAUGAGCCCCCGCCCCCGCCACCAAAGGGCAACCUAUAUCAGCGACCAAAGUCAUCCAUGGCGAGGCUCCUGCCCCGGAGAAGAAACAGUCACGCAUCCGAUGCCUCCCGACCAAAAUCGCAAGCAGGUUUCAACGACGAGAUGGGCUCUGGCCUUGGUGGGCUUGUGCAGCCUAGAGCGCCGAAACGCAGCCUGUUCAAGAAGCUCUUCGACACAGCAAAGACUGGCGUGGCCACCAGCCGGAGCAACCUGGGGUCCGGCGGCGAUCUGGCCAGGCCAUCACCCUUUUCCCGCCCGACGACCGCAGCCUCCCCUGCAACCUCUGGAAUGUCCUCCAUGACAGGCCUUGACAGCUCGUCCGUCGGCAGGAAUGCUGCCAAGGAGAUGGGCUUGGGGUCUGGGGUAGACUGGGUCCAGGUCCGCCGAGACAUCAAUCGCUCCAACUCGCUGAGCAAGAUUGAGCGCCACGAGCGCCAAGAUCGGUGCCAAAUGCUUGACCACCCCGCUCUCAACCCCGUAGACGAACUCUACCAGGGUGCCGAGGGUGACGAAGGCGCGAACGGCAUGCCUGUUGACGAUCCAAUCGACUACCAGUCUAUCAACCUCAGCCAGGUCGACAAGAGCACUCGCUUCAUCAGCAGCCUACCUCCGCUUACAACAGCCGUCACCUUGGCGACAUCCUAUGUCUGCCGUCCGUAUCGCAGCGACGUCCAGCGCAUGCGCGCCAUCUUCUCCUGGGUCUCGGAGAGGAUAGCGUGGGAAGAAGACUUUGAGGGCGAAAUCGACACCAGGCGCGUCAUUCAAAGCAAGCGAGCCUGCGCCGAAGAGUACGCUGUCUUGGUGAUGGAGAUGUGUGCCGCCGUGGGCAUCGAGUGCGAGGUAGUCCGCGGGUACCUCAAGACACCGGGCGAAACGCCCGAUUUUGGCAUCAUGCCCCGGUCCAACCACUGGUGGAACGCAGUCCUGGUCGACAACGAGUGGCGUAUGGUUGAUUGUUGUCUCGCCAGCCCCUCCAACCCUCGCCGGCACCUCUACUCUGGUGCCGGCAAUUCAGCUGCCGACUCGUGGUGGUUCCUCACUCGCCCGACCCAGCUGUGCUGGACGCACAUUCCUGAGCACCAUGAGCAGCAACACAUUUGCCCACCGCAGGCGCACGAGGUGUUGCUCAACCUGCCCUGUGCGUGUUCGCCGUACUUCAAGAACAUGAUGCAGAUGGUGGACUAUAACACGUCUCUCACACGCAUUGAAGACCUCGAGAUGGUGCACAUCAAGUUCAACGUACCAGCCGACGUCGAAGUGGCUGCCGAAGUUGAGGUGCGUGCAUACAGCCGGGACCAAGACGGCGAUGUGUUUGAGAGCGGCGAAAUGGUCAAGAAGAGGGCCCUUGCGCAGGCCGAGUGGUCCAACGGAUACAAGCGAUACACUGUCAAGGCGUUGCUGCCUGGUGACGAGGGCCAAGGCGUCCUCAAGGUCUACGCAGGCAAGCGUGGGCUGAUGCACAGCAUCAAGGACAUUCCCCAUCCCAUGGCCUUUGCUCUGCCCAUCACACACACGGGCGAGAACCCGCCCUAUGAUUUCGUCACGAGGCAUCCGACGCCGCACGCCCAACGACACGACAUUUACGUCGUCCAGCCACAGUGCCAGCGGCUGGCGCUCAACAACACCUUUGUGUUCGCCAUCAGACAGCACCCGAGCUCGGCUAUCGUGGACUCGAUCAUGACGCCGGCGUCGAACCCGGGCGCGGCGAGCCCCAUACCGUUCGCUCGGCCAAGUUCUGCUAUGAGCAUGACCGCUUCUAGCGCCAGUGGAUCCAUCCCCAGUACCGUCAGCGGCAACAAGCCGGCCAAGCUCGCGAUCCAAACGCCGGCGGGCAAGAUUCUGCGCUUGAUGCGCAAGGACGACCGCAAGGGUAUCGGUGUCGGUGGCCGCAACACGAGGGACGAGGAGGGCAGCGACGGGGGCACGUGGGAGACUAUCAUCAAGUGCUCGGAGAAGGGGGUUUGGAGGGGUCUGGUGCUGGCUGACCGCACUGCGCGCUGGUGUGUUUUUGCCGAAUGGGUCUGCCUCGGAUGA